AUGGCAGGCAAGGAUGAUGGCCUGUCCUAUCCAACCGAGGACAUUGUAUCCAAGAGUGGACGCCAGCAUUACCGGGUCCCGAUUCGGUCGCAGCAUUGGCAGCUGCGCUCCCUCAUCAGCGCCGAGAAGCGACAUCUCAUUUACUUCCCUGGCGGCAGUGGCAGCAACCACGUGCAGCGGCUCAACACGAACACGCUCGAAUGCGAGACCAUGAAGCUGCUAACCUUUGCGCCUCGUUGUCUCGUCGCAGAGAACGGCUGGCUUUGCUGCGGCAGCGAGACGGGCGAAUUUGUCUCCAUCCACCUCGACGAAGGAAUCGAUUCCGACGAAGGCUCGGCACAAGGCCAUGAGCUCGAUGCGGAAACACGGCGUCGCCUCGGCCUCGACGGAAUACAUGACGAGCCUCUCCUCGCUCUCAUCGCGCAGGCUCGCCGAGCGAACAAGAGCUUGAUCGCGAAGAGCGUGAAGCUGGCGGGGGACCGUGUCAACUGCAUCACCCUCUGGUUUCCCCCGACAGGCUUGACGCCUGCACCCGACUCGUACACCGAGGGCGUCGCCGUUCUGGCCAACAACGACCGCACCGUCAUCCUCGUCAACUUGCGCGAUUUCGAGCGCGACGAAAAGUCGGAACCGCUCGAGGUGGUGACGUACCCCGACUUCGUCAAUAGGGCCAUCAUAUCUCCGGACGGCCGCCUGUUGGUCGCCAUCCUGGAUGAUCCCUACCUGUACGUCCAUGAGCGUGUCAAGCGCGCGGCCGAUUCGUCAUCCUCCUCACGGUCCUCGUCGUCGGGGGACCGUGACGGCUUUUCGUGGGAGCUGAAGCAAAAGUUCCUGCUCAAGAGCCAGAGGAAAGACGACAGGUCCGACAGCCGAGGAAGCUUCGCCGCCUGCUUUUCCUCCUCGGGGGCUUACUUGGCCGUCGGCACACAGCACGGCACCAUUUCCAUCUUCGACACCGCGCUUCUCGUCGAGGCCGGCACCGAACCCCUCAUCACCACCUUCCUGUCCUCCCGGCCGGAGAGCGGACCCGGAGCGGUCCGCGACAUGGCCUUUUGUCCGGGUCCGUUCGACAUCUUGGCGUGGACCGAGGACCGCGGCCACAUCGGCUUUGCCGACAUGCGGACCAACUUUGCCGCUCGACAGGUUGUCGACAUCAAUGUCGAGGCCGACUACGAACACAUGGACGUCCUCGACAGGAACACCAUCGACCCCCGGCUGCUGCACCACCCAGGCGACCGGCGAGGGACGAGAUCGCCGUCCACCGCCGCCGCCCGUAGGCGACAUGGGGAGGUCAUGGAGACGCUGAACCAGCCGCUCAUGGCGAAUGAAACCAUGGUCCUGGAGGCCAUCCAGAGCGACAGGCGGCGCCGAGAUCGGAUAUCCCAGCGGAGCAUCGACGACACGUCAAGGUUGCAACCGACGGAUCUGACGUGGACGUACCUGUCGACUCUCCGAUCGACGGCGAACGAGGCUGAUUCCCAGCGACCGAGGGAACGCAGCAGCAGCGUCGGCCAGGCCGUCGGAAAUUCGACGUCGGGUCCGUUCCGCGACCAGCUGGACCGUCCUCCCGAGCGCGUUCGCCGACAGCUCGCCCGCGAAGCCUCGGCCAACCAGCGGCAGCCGGUUCGCCGUCCCGAACAGCGGCUCAUGGAUCGCAUCGGCGAGACGGUGGCGGCGAUGAGAGAUCAACGCGAGAGGCCCGACUCGUCCUACUUGAACGUGCUCGAAAUCCUGCAGGCAAGAGAACGCUCCGGGGAUGCCGACCACGAGGACUCGUCGCUCCUCGUGCCGCUCGUGAACCAGGCCAUGAGCCGGUGGGAGGAGAGCGCCAUUCGGGGGACGCUGGCCGUCGACCAUGGCGUGUUCGAGGUGCCCCCGUCGCCAGACAACACGUCCGGCUUGGCUUGGACCGCCGACGGUCGUUCACUGUUCGUGGGAGCCCAGAACGGCAUCUAUCAACUGCAAGUCAACAUCCAGGGCAGGAAGCUGCGUCCCAGCAUCACCAUGUGCUGA